GGWUGCUCUUCAGUCUUCUGAAAUUCCUCCUCAGACUGUUUUCAGCAAAGAUAAGCCGAUCCAAACCAGUUUUCAAAGCGACAUGAAAACACUGAAAGACACUGGACAAGUCAAUCAGGAUGUCAAAAACGGAAGCAGCAAAGGUUUGUGUCUCCCCAGUUUGAGCAGCAAUAACAGACACUGGGGUCAAGUGGAUCCAGUUCUGUCAAGUGGUUUAUUGAAUACCAGGACCCUCUGUCAGCCUGUGCCCCCCAGACAAAGACAGAGGACAAGAAGUGUAGUUUGCGCUUCUCCGCCGUCCCACGGUGUGUCGUCCGUGACAGAGUCCGGCCCGCUCAGCCAAUCAGCUCCCAGCAUCAUGGAACCUCUGCUUUUCUCCAACAGCAUGAUGCAGGCCAGAGCCCACGUUCAGAACCGACUUGGCUCACAAAAUGUUGUACAUGAACAUAAGGAUCUUUGGCCAGCUUUGCGUUCCCGAACACCCAAGGUCUUGGCACCCCUGGAUGGCCGACCCAAAGUCAGCAAAGCUCUGCCAGUGCUACAGCAACAUACCCCUCUGAAGCCCAUCAGCCAGAGUCCACAUUGCUCCAGGACCCAGCUGAGAGACAGGACAUCCUGGGUCAGUCCGUGCAAUAGUCCUCCCGUCAACGAGGCAGGGAGUGAAGAAAGUGGGUCCAGCAGCAACAGCAACCAGAGUUCCAUCAGCCUCGAGAAUGACGAUGAUGAGAGACAACUUCAUGAGACGGCUCCUAAAGGCAGAACUCCGAGGAUCUCCGGGGAUGGGUUUGGUCAACAUUCAAACGAUGCGAUUUCAUCCGAGGAAGACUUUUGGGGAGAGAAAAUGCAGCAUUUGAAAGUUCAGCCAAGGAUCAGUCUGGUUCCACUGGUCAACAGAUCGAUACAUAAUAAAGACAGGGACCAUCAUUUCCACAAAGAAAAACCCAAGAACCCUCAAUGUGAAGCAAACAAUAUGAAUCACACAAAAGAAUUCGCUGAAACUGAGUCCUCAGAUGUUUUUAACUGUGUUCAAAAAGGAGACGUUUCGAUUUCUGAGAACAAUCAAACCCUUAUCACAUCACCGCCCAGAGAAGAGAGGAACGUAGAUGGUACGACUAAACUCAAAAAUGAAAUGAGCCACAUAGCUGAUGUAAACAAUCAUCUGGAUGAUGCUAUGAGUAUGAGAAAUGAGUCCUGUGAUAACAAAACCAGCGCAACAGAUGCUAAAUUAAAUACAGGUACUAAUGAGGAGAAAAGCAGGUUCUUUGUUGUGAAUCCAAUGAAAGACAAAAGGACGUUUAAAGCCCUAAAGUCAGUCCGAAAUAAAGAGAGAAGAAUCAGCAUGAAUGGUCAGCUGAGGACAAAUAUUCAAACUAAUACAUCUUUUAAAAUGUUAGGACAUAAGAAUCCAAAUAUCUUAGGUAUUAAUAAGUCCAAAAUCAAACUGAAGUGUCCUGAAGUUUCCACAGAUGUCAAAGAUAAAACAAGGAAAAGUCCUGAUGCGAUCGUUCCUUUGGCUAAUGACAAGUUAAAAAUAAAAUCUGCCAGCAGUGCUGGUUUUAGCAUCCCCACCCCAAUACCAAGCAGGGUCUCUGAACUCUCACAAACACAUCAGCAGGCACCAGUGAGAGAACUAAAAAGUGCCCAGCAGUUGAAGAAACCUGACGUCGGUGGGAAAAACCCAAGAUCUAAAUCUGCAGUGGGCCUCGUUACAAACAAAGACUCGUUUCUGCAGAUACAAAGCGAUGAUGUGGGGCCAGACGUUUACGAGAUGUUUGCUGGUCGUAUUUUUGAGAACCUGCGAAUCUCCAGCUCCUGUGAGAAACUUAACGAGAAGCAAUUACCCUGCGCUGCGACGAGAAAGACGAAACAGAGCCACAGUGUCAAACCCAGGUCGUUAAAAACGGUACAGAAGCUGAAGCGAAGCUCCGGAGAGACGACAACCACUUUAAAUAAAAGAAAACCAAAACCCAUGCCACCUAGAGUUAAACCUCGCUUUGCUGUGACAAAAAAUGCCGUCUGCAACACAGAAAGUGCURAACUACAAGCUGAGCCACUUUCUUCUGAGGACACUGACAGUCAGGAUGAAAGUGACGAUCACGCAUCGUCAACCAUGAAAGAAGCUGCUUCCAAAUAUGGAUCUGACACAUUAAAACCAGGAGAAACUUUGACAACAUCGACUUCUUUCAUUUAUGUCGUAGAUUACACUUUCAUGCAAAACCACAAAACAGCUUUAAACACCUCGACACAAAACUCGGCCCGACCGGUUUCAGAGCCAAAGAUCGACAGAUGGAGGAGCAGCAGCCGCCACAGCGUUUUGUCACCAGUUUACCAAAGGUUUCUGGACGAGGUGGGCGACGGGCCGCUCACAGACGACUUACUGCAGUGUUUGGCUGAAGAGCUGAUCUUCCUGGAUGAAAGGGAAUCAUCGACGGGGUCUGACAAUCCCAAGCAAAAGAGAAAAGCGUUUAACCAAGAAGAAAAACUGGAAUGUUUGAAUUUACCUUGUAAAUCUCCUGAGGUUUCUCCAAAAAAAAGUGACUCUGAUCCUGGUUCUGAGUUGGGUGUUGACACCAUCACAUGGACAAAGGGUGAAGUACUUGGCAAGGGUGCUUAUGGCACAGUGUACUGCGGCCUGACCAACCAGGGCCAGCUGAUAGCAGUGAAGCAGGUUAACCUGGAUUCCUCUGACCCUGACACUGCAAACCAAGAGUACGGUCAUCUUCAGAGGGAGGUGGAAUUACUUAAAACCCUUCAACACAUCAAUAUAGUUGGCUUCCUGGGGACCUCCUUAUACAAACAUGUAGUUUCCAUCUUCAUGGAGUACAUCCCAGGAGGAUCMAUUGCCAGCAUACUUCACAGAUUUGGUCCUCUGCCAGAGCGAGUUCUGGCUCUGUACACUCACCAGAUCCUCGAAGGCGUGGCAUAUCUUCACGUGAACCAAGUGAUUCAUCGAGAUUUAAAGGGAAACAAUGUCAUGUUGAUGCCAACCGGUGUAAUAAAGCUCAUCGACUUUGGUUGUGCACGGCGCCUCAGUUGCUUAAACUCCACGGCUUGCAACAGUGAGCUGCUUAAGUCCGUCCAUGGCACACCUUAUUGGAUGGCACCGGAGGUUAUCAACGAGUCAGGAUACGGCAGGAAGUCAGAUAUUUGGAGUGUUGGUUGCACGGUGUUUGAAAUGGCCACAGGAAAACCACCACUUUCACACAUGGACAAGAUGGCUGCCUUGUUCUACAUUGGGACUAGGAGAGGGUCGAUGCCAGUGUUGCCAGAUGGGUUUUCAGAGAGUGCCAAAAACUUUGUAAAARUAUGUUUAACUAGUGACCAGAGACUACGACCAUCAGCCGGACAGCUCCUAAAACAUCCAUUCAUUCCUCAAAAGGAGACAAAUAUGAAAUCUUGGGUAAUGCAGAAAAAUAUGAUCGUAGGACUGCAUAAAUAACACGUUUGUAAAUUUAUAGCAGACUCCAACUUUCAUGUCCAGUCCUUAUGUUUAUAUGAACCAACACUUUCACUGUGAUCAGAGGUGUGUUGGCUCAAUUAGGCCUUCCCUGCAGCACCAGUUCUGCUGAUCAGAUGGCCUAAAAGAAUACUUAAGGAUUUUAAAAAUACUUUAUCAAAACUUUUUUUUGCUGACCCAAUACUUGUGAUAGAUGGACUCAAGACUGAGCCUUAARUUCUGUGGUAUUUGUGUAUUUAAAACAUUUUACACCAGGGGUCUCCAACCUUUUUCUCAAGAGCUACUUUCAMAAACUGAAAUAUUCCAAGAGCUACUUUUUGCAACAUUUAUCCAUUCAUAUUAUAUUUACACUAAUAAUUUAGGGUUUAACUGCAACAGAUUUGUGCACAAAUAACGUUGAUUUUUUCCCCCCGUGGGAAGAAACCAGUGACAUAUACUGCAGCAGGGGUUUCCCAGGAGUUUGGCACAGUUUGUCUCAAGGAUCUAUGAAAGGUGUGUGAAAACAAAUGCCGAACAGCCACGUAACUGUGCGCCGUCUGCCAAUUCGACCAUACUGAGCCCUAAAGUGUUUGACAACCAAGGGGAAGGAACAUCUAUAGACUGAUUGGGGUUAAAUUAAAGUUUGGUCGGUGACAAAUUAAAUUUAGCUUCUCCUAACUUUCCAUAAGCACUGAAGAGCUACUUUAAAUGAGCCCAGGAGCUACUGGUUGGAGACCCCUGGUUUACAUCUUUCAAAUGGUCAAAUACAAUGGUAAAUACAUUUUUAUAACUUAAAUUAGACUAUUUUAUUAAAUUUUGUGUAUUGUUAAAUUUAAAAUCUUGACUGUAAAUAUAUAUGUUGUGGAAUUUUUAACAUGUGGGGUAUAUUAUAUUUAUAUAUAAUUUUCUUUUUUUUUUUUACACAAUAACGUUUCAGAUUACUAUUCUUUGUUUUUAACAAUGCUGUGGAUAAGUACUCAGACAGUACAGUCUGGUACAUACCAGGAAUGUACAGCAUGUAUGAACCAAACACAAUGGCAGUACUUAUUUAUUGCUACUAAAUGAUCUAGACAGUUUAUUUACCCCCAGAGGAAUUAAGAAAUUAUGUAGCAGUACAUGUAAUAAAACAACCAGAUUGAUACUAUCAGUGUGGCUGAAGUUUAUUUAAGUUCUUGAAAUGCAAAAAGGACCGAUAAAGUGAUUUGUGGCUUAUUUACUUUAUUUCUUCUAAACCACUGCUGUUAUUUUGGCCAAACUCUAAAACCCUUGUGUAAUUCUGAUUCAAACACUCUAGGGAAGUUGUAUGCUCUGAACACAGUACAGACAAAAAGUCAUCCUAAUUCUUUAGAGCAAUGGAUAACUUCAGUGAUAUUAAAGUCACUUUUGGGUUGACACAAAGUGGUGCUUGAAUCUGCCAUCACUGCUGUAAAACAGCAUGAAAUUAUAGGGAUAAGACUAUAUGAAUAUACAUAUUUUCCCCCUUUUGCUCUGUGAAUGAUAGUACUUAAAUGUGUCAUGGUAAUACAUUACAGAUAGUUUUUUUUUAGGAGGCACAACGUUUGGCUUUCAGCUUAAGGUCUACUUGAAGGUUAAAAGCUUUUUGGUAAAAAUUACAUCUCUCUCAUUGCCGUAAUAAAUUGGUGAUUAACGUAUGUGGCAACUGAAAUCAAAUGCAUGUUUCUUGUGGUUAAAACCUAUAGUGCACCACCAAAUCUAAAUAAAAAUAUGUAAGAAACAAAGCACUGGAAUGCUGCCACCAUUCCCCGAUGACACCCAAUCCACUGAUCCACAAAAAAUAAAAACUCACAGAUAUAGUUAUUUUGUUAUAAUUACAAGCAGCUCCAAACCUGAGUAGUCAUGGAAUAGCUUUUUUCUUUAAACAUACAAAAAUGUAUGUACAUUUAUCUCCAUUAUUUGUAAACAGCAACAGUACUCUUUUUUUUAAAUCCCUUUCAUGACUGAAACAUGCAAAUCAAAUGCACAGUAUUUUAGUGUAAAAAGAAACCAAAACAAAACAAAAAACAAAGGAGAUGAAAUUUUACAAAGAACACUUUGCAUCCAUCCAACAGGAUUCAAACGUCAGCAAUCAAAUGAACACAUCUCCUGCUUGCAAAACUUCUUCCAUACAAUCACACAGGUGAUUUAUUUAAAUUAGUAACAAAAAAAAAAAA